AUGUAUGCUGAGCGGGCAAGGACGCUCUUGGGAAAAGACCGCCCGCGAACAUUGGUCACGAAUGAGAAGAAAAUUCGUGCGCUACAGGAAAAGCUCAAGAAAAAUAUUGAGAUGCAGCAACAGUUGCAAGACCAUGUUGCUGGCGAGAAGAGCUUCCUAGAAAGCAUAUCGUCGUCGUUCCGCAACAAGGCAGAUAACCUCCGGCCAGCGCUAUCUGAAAGAAUAUCGCGAUCGUCUGAUACCUCUUUCUCAAAUCUAAAGAAAGGUACUGAAGCAAUCGAUAGGAGUUUGCGCCACCUCGACAGUACAUUGAACAAAAUCAAGGCUCAGCUAGGUAGUCCAGUCAUGGCAGAGAAUUCAUCAAUGGCAGAUUCCCAGCAGACAGAAGAAACAUUCGAAAAUGUUCUUGAGACCGCUAAAGAAGGUUUUAGUGAAGAUGACGGUCCAGACUUUUUAUCGCUGAACUAUGAUGAGACGAUGACACCCGAAAAUCCUGUGCCUGUAAUCUCUAAACUCGAUCUUAGCCUUCUUUCUCCGCAAGUGGAAAUCCGGAGACAAACUGCUGCCAAACCGCCAAUCAUGGUUUCCUCUCAACGAACGCCAACUCUACCUGAGUGGAUGCGGCUGCUGCCACUCGAUGAGGCACCUAACUCUAGUCGGUUACCGUUGUUGCAGUACAGCCCACCGAUGAAAAAGGACUGGAAAAGAGAACGCUGCACUCAAACACAUGGCUCAACUGGUGAUGUGGCGGAUACGGCCUGUCAGACGACUGAAGAUGAGGGGAAUCCGCCGGAUAGUGGAUUUCUGGACGUUGUCGAGAAGUUGCCAGGGAAAAAGAUUGAAAUCAUCCAGCCAAUGUCAAGACAACAUAUUCGGGAAAUGCUUAGCCAAAUGUGA